AUGUUAGAAUCACUAGCAGCGAAUCUAUUGAAUAGAAUUCUAGGCUCUUACGUUGAAAAUUUUGAUAGUAAGCAAUUAAAUGUUGGUAUCUGGAGUGGGGACGUAAAACUAAAGAAUUUGAAGCUCAAAAAAGAGUCAUUAGAUGCCCUAAACUUGCCAAUUGAUGUAAGAUUUGGGUUCCUGGGAGAACUGACCUUGGUAGUGCCAUGGUCCAGCUUGAAAAACAAACCUGUCAAAAUCUUAAUUGAAGAUGUAUACCUUUUAUGUGGUCCAAGAGAUGAGGAUUCGUUAGAUGGCAGAGAGGAUGAAGAGCGAGAAUUACGACUAAAACUCCAAAGACUUGACGAGUUAGAGCUCUUAAAGAGGUCGCAACCGCAAGCAAAUGAGGACCCAGAGAAAAAUGAAAGUUUCACUCAAUCUUUAAUCACUAAAAUUGUUGAUAACCUCCAGGUGUCUAUCAAGAAUAUCCACAUAAGGUACGAAGACAUGGAUGGUGUAUUUUCAAAAACACCGUAUUCUGUGGGCAUCACCUUGAGCGAGCUUUCGGCAGUGUCUACAGAUGAAAAAUGGGAGCCAAGCUUUAUAUCAAUCACUAAAGCUAUCACACAUAAGCUACUCACAUUAGAUUCACUAUGCGUUUAUUGGAACACCAAUACGACUUCUAUUUAUGGCGAAGAUCAUGAGGAACUUUUUGAGAGACUUAAGGAUUCCAUCAGUAACAAAAACGGUGUGCCUGAUCACCAGUUUUUGCUACGUCCUGUCACUGGAUCCGGAAGACUAACACUGAAUAAAAGUGGGGCAUCGGAUGAGUGCCCUCACAUAAACAUUCGCUUAAUUUUUGAAGAGUUUGGAUUUGAUAUCGACAACUGCCAGUAUCAGGACAUAUUAUACACUAUGUCCAAACUUCAUUGGUACCAAAAGACUCUCAAGUUUAAAAGAAAUAGACCCAACUUCACCGUAGGCGACGAUCCAAAGGGUUGGUUUAGAUACGCCGCUCAAUGCGUUUUGCAGGAAAUUCAUGAUAAAAACUACUACUCUAGUUGGGAUUACAUCAAAUGGAGACGAGAGAAAAGGGAAGAGUACAUACAACUAUGGAAGAAGAAGUUGGAGUCGUCAAGUAAAAAUCAAGACUCUAUGAAUGAAUUUGAACUAGAGAAGCUUGAUGAACUUCAUCGUAUCUUGUCGUUUGACGAUAUUAAGUUCUUUAGAGCGCUAGCAAGAAAAGAAUACCUUCAAGAUAAAUUAGGAAGCAAAAGCGCAAAUCCAGAGCGAAAGGAACCACCUGCAAAUAACAAAGGUGGAUGGUUCUCUUCUUGGUGGAAUGGUGAUUCUAGUGGAUCUCAGAAUGACGAAUUAUUAAUGACCGAGGAGCAAAAGCAAGAACUCUAUGAUGCGAUAGAGUUUAACGAGGAUCAAGAUGUUAAGGAUGCUAUUGAAAUUCCACGAGAAAGGGUCACUACCAAAGUAUCCUGUCUUUUGAAUAGAGGAUCUCUGUCGAUCAAAAACAAAACGAAAGGAAUUAAGUUGGGUGAAAUUAUUUUUGAAGAUUGUGAGACUGGAUUUUACCAACGUCCAGAUUCGUUCUUAGCAACAUUCAAACUGGAUGAAUUUAAGAUCGAAGACGGAUCUCCGAAUACGCUAUAUAAACAUAUUGUGAGUGUUAAAAACUUGCAAUUGGACGAAGAAGGUCACACGCCCGAACUCACUGAGCCUUUCUUCCAAAUUGCCUUUGAACAAAACCCUCUUGAUGAUUCAGCUGAUAGCAAAGUCGACGUAAAAUUGAGAAGUAUGACUGUCUUCUAUCAUGUGCACUUCAUUAACGAAAUCAUUAAGCUAUUUAAGCCUCCAAAGAGGCAUUUGGAUACUAUUGGCGCCAUCAUGAAUGCGGCGGAAGCAACAGUAGAAGGAUGGACUGUUCAAACGAGAAUGGGCCUCGAAUCAAUAUUGGAAGACCAUAAAACUAUCAAUUUGAACCUGGAUUUACAAGCGCCCCUCAUCAUCAUACCUCUUGAUCCCCAUAUCUGGGAUACUCCCUGUGCUGUGUUAGAUGCAGGUCACAUCUCAAUCAUCAGCGACUUAGUACCCAAGCAUAAGCUGAGAGAAAUUAAGGGCAUGAGCCCCGAUGAAUAUGAAAAGAUAGCUAGCAGAGACAUCAAACGAUUGAUGUUUGAUAGAUUCAAAUUACAACUGAAGGAUACGCAACUCCUGAUUGGUCCUGAUAUCCGAUCCACAAUUUCAAACUUGAGUUUAAAUGAACGAGAUAGCAACUUUGUGAUUUUGGAUAGAAUGGAGAUAGAGUUGGAUGUAGAUGUAUCGAUUUUACCUAAGGCAUUCAACCUACCAAAGGUCAGAACAUAUGGUAAACUUCCUAUUUUAAAGCUCUCAUUGAAUGAUUACCAAUACAAAAUUAUCAUGCAGAUGAUCGACAAAUGCAUACCCGAUUUUGGAAUUUUGAGUGACGAUGAUGAUGCUGAUAAUGAUGAUGAGAGUGGAAAUGACGAUGAAUCAAUUAAUGUCACUGGAAGCAGUAACGAAAGUCCUCAGAAAUCGCGCGAAAUCACAUUACUGAGACAGACGAUGAGAAAUUUGGAAAAAAUGUCUAAGGCGGAAUUGGAGCAGCGAUUACUUCAGCUAAAGUUCGACGUAGAAGUAAUCCAAUUAUCUCUGUACAAGUGCGUCGAAGCGAAGACCAUGCAAUCUAAUCUCCUGGUUAAUUUAAUAGGCAAUGGGCUAUAUUUGAAGUUUGCAAAAAAAGCGAAGGACAUGGAAGUUCAUUUGGAUUUGCAUUCAUUUAAUAUUGAAGAUUUCAUUGCACAAGACGAACCUGAGGAAUUCAGAAAGCUGAUUGCCUCAACUAAUAUCGAUAAGGAGGGCGAGAAACUUGAUUUGUUCAAACUGAGGUAUAAUAGAAGUCAGCGCAUCGUGACGCAUCAUGAUACAUUGAUAGAAGUCUUUGAUCAAGACAUUAACCUGAAUAUGACAGAACUUAAGUUUGUGUUAACUCCCAAAUCGAUAUUGACUCUUCUCAACUACGUCCUAACUACUUUUACUGAUCCAAAUGCUACUGAAAUGCCAGUCGACGCAUUGAAACACAAUUCUGCCGAUGUUGAGGAUGCACCCCAGAAAAUGAAUGUUGAGAUCAAUAUGGGCAACAUUAUCAUUGUUUUAAAUGACGAGUCUACUAAAUUAGCAACACUCGAACUAAGUGCAGGAGAAAUCAAACUUUUCAUGCUACCCGAAAAGAUGUUAUUGAAAGCAAAACUGGGGGGUCUUGACUUGACGAAUGAAGUGUAUCAGGAACUCCCAAGGGACUCACCUAUGAGAAAAAUUAUAAGCAUGAGCGACCAUGAGUUGGCGGAACUAACCUAUGAAACAUUCGACGUUGCUAACAAUAACAAUAACUAUAGCUCAAAACUUGUCUAUAAGACAGGUUCAAUGAACAUUAAUUUUGUCGAAGAUGCAGUCAAUAGAAUUGUGAACUAUCUGGCCAAAUUUCAAAAGAUGAAGGGACUCUUUGAUAGGGCCCGAGAGGCUGCUUACAAUCAAGCAGGAAGCAUUGAAUCAGUGAACAACAUCAAAAUGAACAUUGUCAUCAAAGCACCUGUUAUCACGUUCCCAAAAUUAAUCAAUCCCGCCAAACACACUUACGAUCAUGUUACAUUUUACUUGGGGGAGUUCUUCAUCGAUAACAAUUUCGUCAAAAGUAACGACUCUUACAUUAAUCAAAUCAAAGCUGGUGUAAGGUCCGGAACUCUUUCUUCAUUGUUUCAUAUGGAGAACAAUGUAACGCAGAAUUUGCAUAUCAUUCAAAACCUUGAUAUACACUUUGACAUUGAACAUAUCAACACACCGCAACAUGGACAGCCGAAGUUCAAGAUCAAUGGCUGUUUUGAACCAUUGUAUGCCAAUCUCACUGAACUGCAACUUCAGUUUAUUUAUAUUCUGUCGAACAGUUUACCUUCAGCAUUUAUUAUUGAUUACGACGACAACCUAAGUGACAUAGAAGAUGCCGCGUUGAAUGUUAAUUCAUUUAUUUCUCCAGAAGGCCAUGCUCGAGUGACACCUGAUGUUUUCGAGGAUUCGGGCCGAGAAGAAUCCUUCAAGUCUGCGGUACAGGAAGAUGAACCCGGUUCUGCAAUUGAGCUCACCUUCAAUGCUCCGCAUAUAUCUUUAACACUUUACACAGAUACUCAUGACAUUUAUGAGAUCGAGAGCAAAUCUAUUACUACCGUAACGUUACAUGAUUUUGGUCUUGCUAUGAAGGCUAAAGAUGAUACUAGUUUUAGGGCAGAAACACAUGUUUCUUCCUUUACAGUAGAGGACACCAGAAGAGAAAAAGAUAACAAACAUCCCGAAAUUAUACCGAAGAUAGCUAGCGACAAUUACCAGUUUACUGCAUCAUUAACACGGGAAAAACUUGAGGACUUUGAUUUGAUCAACUUGAUAGCAACGGUGGAUAAUCCUAAGGUAAUUCUCGCACUGGAUUACCUUUUUGCCCUAAAAUCAUUUUUUGAUGCGUCUCUCAAUGUCAAAGCGCCGGCCAGAAUCUCUGAAUCUGCGGAUGCAAAGGCCGAUGACAGCACUCAGAUAGAGGAAAAGGAUUGUGAUCAACCUUUGAAAUUUCAGUACUCGCUCAAUAUUGUGGAAAGCUCAAUCAUCUUACUUUCAGAUGCUGCUGAUAAAAACUCGGAAGCUAUAGUCUUUAAUGUCGGUCAAUUACUAUUAACGGAUCAGAACAUUAUGUCAGCAAGUGCAAAUAAUGUAGGAAUGUUCUUAUGCAAGAUGGGAUCAUUCGAAGACAAUCGCAUAAGACUGCUGGACGAUUUUUCAUCAUCAGUUGUAGUCGAUGAUAGAAACUCUACCGCAGACAAACUAUUGACAAACAUUCAAUUCUCAGUUGAACCGCUGACAAUGAGACUUUCUCUCAGAGAUAUCAGACUAGCAAUGUCUAUAUUCAAUAAGGCAAUGAUCAUGGCGAGGAAACAUGGACUUAUUACCGAUGAUAUUGCUAAAGAUGAUGAUAUGUCCACUAAAUACGGGACCUUUUCGAAGGAGUUCAAAAAAACUCUCUCGAAAUAUGCUCCUAGUGUGAUUUCGUCUUUGAGCAAUCUAUCUACUGGUGAUGGCAAAGAACAAAUAGAUUCGAAAGCAAUUUUGAAAGCAGAAAAGCUUAAUGCUGAUAUUGAAGGGUUGCGAUUGGUCUUAAUAGGUGACGUCCACGAAUUACCAAUUCUCGAUAUGAAUAUCAAACCUUUUACUGUGUCCGCAAAGGAUUGGUCUAGUGAUAUCGAAAUCAUCACCUCCAUCGAAACAUAUGCCAAUAUCUUCAAUUAUUCUAGAUCGAGCUGGGAACCACUGGUUGAAAACAUCCCCAUUUCAUUCCAUCUCUCGAAGUCGUCAGAAAACGAUGCUGCCAUGGUUUUCGAUGUUGUUUCCAGAAAAAUUGCGGAAGUUACUCUAUCUUCGCGAUCUAUCGCUUUGCUGUCACAGAUACCUGAAUUUCUUUAUGAUGAUAAGGAUUUGAAUCCAAGAGGCGCGGAAAAACCUUACAAAAUAUUUAACGACACUGGUCUAGACUUGAAUAUCUGGAUAGCAAUGAAAGGCUCACAAGAAAAGAGACAACUAGUAAAUUUGAAGUGUGGGGAGAAAAUUGACUGGGAAUUUGAAGAUUGGCGGAAGGUCAGAGAGAAUCUUGAUACAAAUAGUAAUAUGAAUAUCCUAGGAGUUGAAGUGGCAAACAAGUCUUACGAGACAAUUCUCAAAAUAGAUACGACAUCAGAAGGAGAGGAAGUAUAUACCCUACAGCCAGCGGUCAAUGGAGUCCAUACUCGAUUAGCUUGCGACCUAAAGCUUUGCGAAGAUAAUAUAAAGCUUGUCACUAUACGUUCCACAUUUGUGCUCGAAAACUCUACAUCCAACGACCUAGAGUUCAUGCUGAACGGCGAUGAUUCAAAUCUCCUAUACAUUAAACCAGGAGAAACUCGUUCCGUACCAGCGGAAAAGGCAUUCAACUCUAGAUUAUUUAUACGACCUGCUGGUAAUUAUGAAUGGUCUGACAGAAGUUUAAACUGGAAAUCGUUAUUAUCUCACCCUCAGUCUAUAAGCUGCAGAUCGCAGUCUGACAAGUCGUUGUUCUACUUUGAAAUUGAUGGUAAGUAUGAUGAAAAUGAGCCACUGGCUAGAAUUUUCCCUCAUAUGAAGAUUAUUGUAUCAUCGCCUUUGAUUCUUGAGAACCUACUUCCUUAUGAUAUGAAAUAUAAGCUGUUUUGGAAACCUGAUGAGCAAAACGGAUCAUCGGAGAACCACAUGGAAACACGCUACCUGGAAAAGGGAGCUCGCGAGCUCAUUCACAGUGUAACUUUAGAGGACUUCCUCUUAUUGGCACUGCAGCCCGUCGAGGAGGGGAUAUCUAUGUCCGACGAGUGCUUGAUUAACACCCCAAUGAACUCAGAACUGAAGCCAGAACGUCGGGUCACUUUGAAAUACGACAAUGGUCAAAGAUUAUAUCUCAACCUGCAUUACCGAAGUGUCGACGGUUCUAGAGCGAAAAUCAUUACCAUUUUUGCCUCUUAUGUUGUUCUCAAUGGUACUAGCAAGGACUUACAAAUCGAAGGAGACAGGGGUAAUAUUUGUUUUACGGAGGUUUCGCUUGCAGAGGACUCCACAAGAUACUCAAAGCCUAAGAUGUUCUCAUUUGAUCAUCAGAACGACAACCACAAUAGAGCUAGAAUUAAAUUCAAAGACUGUGAUUGGAGUAUGAAAACUUCUUUCGAUGCAAUCGGCCAAUCAGUUGAUCUUACAAUGAAUAUUCCCAACAAGAAUCAAGAAAGCAAUAUAGGUGUGACAGUAUCAGAAGGAGAAGGACGUUAUGCUCUAACCAAAGUGAUCGAGAUACAGCCAAGAUACAUUGUCCGAAAUAAUCUGAAGGUCGAUCUUGAAGUCAGCGAAUAUGGUUCAAACAGUGUGAUGACAGUCUCAUCGGGCGUAUCAGUUCCAUUGUAUAAAAUGAGAAACAUCAUUAACAAGCAUCUAAUCCUCAAAUUUUUGGGCUCAGACUCUGAAUGGUCGUCACCGUUUAUGGUUAAAGAUAUUGGCUCAAAUUAUGUUAAGGUACUGAAAAAUGGUUCCGGCCAUCAGCUACUGAAGCUCGAUAUUAUUUUGGAAAAAGCUACAAUCUUCAUACAUAUCUCUGACGCGGGAGCUAACUGGCCUUUUUCAAUCAGAAAUUUCAGUGACUACGAAUUCAUAUUUUACCAGCGGGAUCCUAGAAUGUUCGACAGUGACGAAGACUAUGAUUUGUAUGACGAUAUUGGUGAAAUUGACUACGAACCAUUCUACUAUCGUGUUCCUGCGCGCAGUGUCAUGCCAUAUGCUUGGGAUUAUCCUGCCGCGCGACAAAAGAAACUAAUUCUUGUAGCAAGACAGAGAAAGCGUGAAAUCCAACUGGCCGAAAUUGGUAACUUAAAGCCAAUGAGAUUACCCGCGAGAAUCGAGGGCGAAAAAUCUGCUAUAGUUGAUUUGAAUGUCGUGGCCGAUGGCCCCACUCAAGCCCUAGUCAUUUCCAAUUAUAAGCCUGAGCUCAGUUUGUACAAACUAAGGACAUCUCAAACAUCGUCGUCCUUGUCAACUGAUAAGAGUGACAAGUUUGAAAUUCAGGAUGAGGACAAAAACAUCUACACGAGAGUGGUUGUUUCAUUCGAAGGGUUGGGAAUUUCCUUGAUAAACACACGUUUACAGGAACUAUGUUAUAUAACCCUAAGCGGUCUUGAAUUGAGAUACAAUGAGUCCGAUCUAUAUCAGAUGUUGAGUUUCAAAUUGAAAUGGAUGCAGAUUGAUAAUCAACUGUUUGGAGGAAUUUAUCCCAACAUAUUGUAUCCAACGGCAAUUCAAAAUACGUCCAAAGAAUUGAGCAAUCAUCCGGUCUUAUCAGGAUCUGUCUCCAAAGUGAAAGACGACUCACAUGGUGUAUUAUACCUGAAGCACGCUACUUUGCUCCUCCAGGAACUUUCAAUUCAGCUGGAUGAAGACUUUUUAAUGGCUCUGAUAGAGUUUGCUAGAAUACCUGGAGCUUCGUGGGUCACAGAUGUUAAGGACACGCUUUGCGAUGAAAUUGCAACGCUUCCUCAUCCACAAGAGCUGCGGCGGAAUAACGACAUCUAUUUCGAGGUGUUUCAUUUGCAACCAACUAUGUUGCAUUUGUCAUUUGUCCGUACAGAACACUUGAAUGUUGAAGAGGAAAAGGUACCUCAACAAAACGCGCUGAUGUUCUUUGUCAAUGUUUUGACCAUGGCAUUGGGUAACAUCAACAAUGCACCCAUUAAAUUGAAUUCUCUGUUUAUGGAUAAUGUUAAGGUACCACUCCCAAUGCUACUGAGUGCAAUUCAGACACAUUACGGACAGCAGUUUUUCUAUCAAAUACACAAGAUUCUGGGAUCUGCUGACUUCUUGGGUAAUCCUGUAGGUUUGUUCAAUAAUGUCAGUUCUGGGGUAUGGGAUAUCUUUUAUGAACCAUACCAAGGUUACAUGUUAAAUGAUCGACCUCAGGAGCUCGGAAUCAGCAUUGCUAAAGGUGGGUUGAGUUUUGUCAAGAAAUCUGUCUUUGGUUUGUCAGAUAGUUUUGCGAGAUUCACUGGGUCUGUUGCGAAAGGCCUUUCUGCUGCUACUCAAGAUAUCAGCUUCCAAGAGCAGCGGCGUUUGGACCAACGGAAGGCAAGAGCUAAUCAAAGCUUCAAUGGAUUCUCCUCAGGUGCGACAUCCUUUGUGAAUGAUCUGGGAAGUGGAUUGAGAGGGGUCGCCUAUGAUCCUUUCGUGAGUGCCUCGAGAGAGGGUGUCCCUGGAUUAUUAAAAGGCUUAACCAAGGGUCUUGUUGGUUUACCAACCAAGACAGUGAUAGGCAUGCUUGAUCUUGCAAGCAAUGUAAGUGAAGGCAUUAGAAACACUACAACGGUGAUGGAUGCCUCGCUAACGUCCCGGGUGCGCUUGCCUCGCUACGUGGGCUAUGACCAAAUUAUAAAACCGUUCAACCUACGUGAGUCUCAGGGGCAAUACUGGCUUAAGAGUGCAAAUGGCGGGGAAUGCAUUUCCGAUAAGUAUCUGGCGCACGUCGUCCUUCCUGGCAAGCAGAUGGCUGUGAUCGUGUCCAUGAGUCACGUGAUAGAGGUGCGGUUGUCAUCUCUGGAGAUCCUGUGGAAGGUCAGCUACACGGACGUCCGGGCUAUGACCCUAGAACGUGCCGGUCUGGUCAUCACAUUGAAGAAUGCCUCAACAGACUUGUUUGUGCCGAUAUCUGACUCCGACGAGAAGAGGUUCCUCUACAGGAAUAUCUCAAUUGCAGUCGGUGAAUAUAACAAGUACUGCCAGGCAGAAUUAUAG